CGCGGGGACGCGGCCGUAGCGGGGUCCUGGGCGAGGGCUGCGCCCUGCGCGCUGGACAGGGGGCACGGCGGGGCCCCCGGAGCCGGAGAGCCCCCGGCCGCGGAGAGCCUGCAGCGGGACCCCCAGCUCUCCUCAUCCUUCCAACUUCGACAGGUGAUCGUGGCGGUUUUAGGUUUAUGAUGGAACUUACAUCUUUGCCUAAAUUCCUUUGGACAAAUGACAACAAACUGCUGCAUCACCAUUUUCCGGACAUAUUGGCUACUGUUCACACCACACAAGACAUUCCUGAAGAAGUUGUUUUUGGACCAUGCAUGCUCCAGAACACCCUGCUGGACACUGUAGCUUUUAUUGCUCUCAAGUGUUCUGAUAGACGGAACAUCCACUAUGUGUUUAAGGUAGACAUUACGUCUGUGCACAGUCCCACAGGACUGCCUUGGAUGAGACUUGUACAAGCAGCUGCCGAUAGCAAGGAGCAGAACUUGGAAGCUUACUUAGAAAACAGUCAGUUAUAUUAUCGCUCCACCAGGAAAAUCAACAAAAAUGAGGAGCUGCUUGUCUGGUAUGAUGAGGAGCUUUCCAGUCUCUUGGGUUUCAAUGAGAUAAAAGCUCAGAGUCCCCAGAAUGAGUUGAGAUGCCAAGAAUGCGACCAAGUCUUUAAAUGUGACCAUUCCUAUCUCUCCCAUGUCCGCUUCCUAUGUGUCCCAGAGAAGAGCGCCUUGCUAUGGAGAAACUUCCAGAACCCUAAGACUGAAAAGAGCAGCUUAGCUGAGCAGACCACAAAUUUCCACAGCCUGGCAAGGGAUCUAGAGUUCAAAAUGUCAGCUUAUAAAGAUGAUGCCCAUGGUCUCACAGGAGAAAGGAGAGCAAAAUCUGAAGAGGCGGAGAACAACAGGAGCAGGAAAACAGUGUUGUUGGAGAAAACCAAUAAUCUGAGUGAGGAACAUAACUGUGGGGGCAAGGAAGAGGUUGGGGGAGAGCAUGCAUUGGUUGGUUCUUUCUGGAAACUUAGUUCAGGGAGGCAGCCAGCUUGGAAGGAUUCUUUAGAACAGAAGCAGAGUGCUUUCACUGAGGUCAGGAGGAUGAAGGAGAAGCUGAGGAAUGAGAGACCAAAGGAGCCAGAACAGGAGGAUACCAUGAUCCCAUUUAGUAAAGAGCAGGUAUCAAAGGAAGUGAUGCUGAACUCUUCCGGUAGUGCAUUCUCCUUUGUGUGGCCCACCAGAGCCGGAGGAGAACAGAAGAGUGCUUUUAGCAAACCCAGUAAGUGUCUAACAGAAAGAGCUGCAAUAAAUUCUCAUCCCAUGAGUGAGUCACCAAAGAGCCUGGGGGAACUGUCUGGCUUCAUUGCCACCACAGACAUCAUGUGCUGCAGCACUCUUCUCAAUUCCAAGUUCUUUGUCAGUGAUUUGUGUAAUGCUCAGAUGUUGCAGACAAGUAUCACUCGGAGCAAUGUUUUCCCAUAUACCUCAGAACAGUGGCCCAAACAAGCAGGAGGACAGUUACAAAACACAACCACCACUUCCUCCUUGCCCUCCUCCUCCUCGUCCUCCUCCUCUUCCUCCUCCUCCUCCUCAUCCUCUUCCUCCUCCUCCUCCUUCUCCUCUUCCUCCUCCUCCACCUCCUCUUCCUCCUCCUCUUCCUUGACUCUACUUCCCCCCACCUUCACGUCCUUUGGAGUGGCUGCCCAGAACUGGUGUGCCAAAUGCAACCUGUCCUUUCGCAUGACAUCUGAUUUAGUCUUCCACAUGCGGUCACAUCACAAAAAAGAAUACUCCUCAACUGAAUCCCAGUGCAAGAGGAGACGAGAGGAGAAGCUAACAUGUCCCAUUUGUCAUGAGUACUUCCGAGAACGCCAUCAUUUAUCCCGGCACAUGACUUCUCAUAAUUAGAGCUGUGCAGACAGAUCUCACCAAGGGUCUGGGCAGGUUGGGUAAAGAAGGGGAACAUAGUUUACUUACAUCCAUUUCCUUUUGAGUUUAAUUUCUUACAGGAAAUCACUGUUUACAAUAAUUUAAAAUAGAUGCUUUGCAAAAAAUAUAAAAUGUUUACAAGAGUCUGAGUGGGUUGUAAGUUUUGAAAAUUCAACCUAGCCCUUUUCAAUCUAUUUCUGAGGAAAUAAAAUAGUGAAAUGGGUGCACAUGCAGUAUUAAUUUGCAGAGUUAGGAACAAAAUUACUGUUUUGCAAAGUUUUCUUUGCUUGUAUUUGAUUUGCUGGUGUCUGUGCAGUACAAUGUAAAUACAGAAGUAACAACCACCUCAUUAAAUGAGGAAUCUUUAAACACAAAAAAAUUCAGAGCUUAUAUGCUAAAAGAAAAGAAGUUAGUGUUUCUAGCAGCUUUGGUGGACUCUUAAUCCUUUAUGUUAACUGAAUCAGCUCUCUUAUCAUAUUUGUGAGUCUGAGUAAAAAUCUUGUAUCGCACUGUCUCCUUGGCUUUGAAAGGGACUUAAAGCUAAGACUCUCUGAAAUUUGUGAUCAUGAACAACUGACUGGUAGACUGCCAAAGAGGAUGUGGCUUGUUGAUUGCUAUAUCUGAGUUCUGUUCUAGGCUCUGCCACUUUUGAAGUACCAUUUACAAAUUCAAAUCAACCUGGAUCUGUAUCAAAAUGUGACCUGUUGUCAACAUUAUUGUGUAGACAGGUAGCACAAAUUCUGUCCUGAUGUGUGCUUGCAAGAUCUGUGUGACUUUAGUAGGUGUACAGAUCUGAGAGGGGUGGCUUUCAGGUUUUGAAUAUACUAAAGGAAGCAAUUAGAGUAUUUGAGUUACUAUUAGCUACUGAUAGGUAGAAUCUUCACACUUUAAUUGUGGAUGAUAGGCUCUGUUCUGCUAACAGAUACAAAAGGAAUGUCGUUCACAAAACAACACAGGUAUACACGCACUGUAUUGUGUUAGACCAGCUUGUCUAUCUGGUUUCUAAAAGGACCAAUUCCAUCUUUUUUUAAAAGAAAGCACCAAAUUCUCUCUAUAGCCUGUCCACGAGACAUUUUUUUCUUGCCUAUUUUGGUUUGCACUCUGCUUAGACUCAGAAACAGAUGAGUUUAUACUGCUCUGAGCAUGUGUGGGGAAGCAACAAUCCUGUCUAUUGUUACUGCAGCUCAUCUCAUUAGCCUUUCAUUACUUUUAAAAUCCAUUCAGGGGAUUAAAUGCUCUUGAUAGUUUAUGACAAUGUGGUGUUCAAGUGAGCAUUUAUCUCUCUCGUAGAGUAUUUUUUCAGGUUGUCUGAUGUUUCUGUGGCCUGUCUCUGAGCCUCAUCUGCUAUUAAUCCCUUUCAGAGAGAGAAUGACCAGCAACCACUAAUAUCCUAGCUAAGAGUAAAGGACAUUGCAAUAUGCUCAUUAUUUUCCACCAUACUGAUGAUAUAGUCCAGUGUUUGUCUGCUGCACAUUGGAUUGAAGUUUUCUUUGAGUUCCCAUGAUGAUGUCUAGGCUGAUAAUGCAAGUAUCAGCAAGUAAACACAUCUGAGUGAUAAAAGACACCCUGAGAGUCUUAGGCAGUCUGUUGGCAUCAACAUAUGACACUCAUUGUUAUCUCUUGGGAGAUUUCUGUAAGGAGACUGUAUUCUUCCCAAUAUAUUGCUGUUGAACAUUAAUACAUGGCAGUUUCCUAUUAACAUAAAGAUUUUACUUAUUGCAGACCAACCACUGGCUGCUCACCCCAGCUUUAUUUUCCCAACACAAAGUGAUUAAACUGUUACAUUAUGCCCCGGAGUUCAGAAGACAUAAAUUGAAACUGAAGGUCUGGCUGGAUUGUAACACAGCUUUCCAAGGUCAGUGGUGGAAGGUCUUUCACUGGAGUCAUUAAAAACCAAAAUGAACAAAAGCUUUGAAACAUGGAGCACAGGGAACAACCUUGCAUUGAGUAGGGGAUGAUGUGGUUUCCUUCUAAUCUUUCCAUCUCUAUUUUGUGUCCAAUAACAUUUACUGUGUAAGGAAUAUAUUUAUGGUAAGUUUUAAUGGGCCAAAUUUCACUCCAUCUGGUUUUAUCUGGGUGCCAGCCAGUUUACUGUGAAGUCAGUGUCCAUAAAGUGUAAUGAAGGACUCCAUGGUGUAACUGCAUUCAUAUGUGGUUAGGGUUAUAGUUCCCAUUUAUAGUUUAGGCCAGAUUGUGAUCUCAUUUAUUCCAGUGCAAAUCCAGAAUAAUUCCAUGUUGCUACUCCUGAUUUACAUCACUUACUUUAAGAUUGGCCUGGCCCAGUAUAAAUAAGACUAAAGAUUUCUUGGUGCCAUUGCUACAAAAUGUUCUCUUCUGUACUUACUGAGAGAUGCCAUGUUUUCUUAACAGUUUUAUCGUUAGAAGCCUAACUUCAGAUUUCUUCUGGAAAAAGACAAGUCCCACUGUGUAAUGCUCCCUAGUAUUAUGUUGGCACAUCGCUUCAACAUUACCCUGAUCCAAGGGCCUGUUUUUCCAGUGCCCUGUACCUGGUGUAUCGUUUAGAUCAGAGUGAAGGAGUACCAAAUCUAACUGGUUACAUGUUUUCACUGAUUUUGUUUUGGUGUAAGUGAUCUUGAGAAAGUGUGGAAAACCAACCACUGAUAAACAGCUGUUGAAUCUCAUAACCUCUUCCAAUGAUGUGUUAGACUGACAUCAUUAGAGGACUCACCAGUAAUCAAACUUCUUCACUCUGCUUAUAGUAUGAGGCUUAAGCAAGCAGCAAGGCUACAGGGAGACAUAUCUUUCCUUUAUGUCAUCAAGUUAUUUUCUUUGGGGGAAAAAAAAAAAAGUAAGAACUCUUACCCAGUUUCUUUGUGAGUAUGUCUCAGCCACAGCAAUUUACAUACUGUAAUGACAAGC